AUGGCCUACCCAGAAACCCCGGCCGCCAUUGCCGCCGCCAACAAUGCAGCGGCGGCGGCGGCGGGAUCUCAGUUCUGCUGCCUGUCUCCGACGCCAUCAUCGUCUCCACCGCCACAAUUACCAGCACCACCACCGGCGGCGGUGAUUUUCAGCCCUUGCGCCGCCUGCAGGAUUCUCCGGCGGCGGUGCGUGGAGAAAUGUGCGUUGGCGCCGUACUUCCCGCCGGCGGAGCCGCUGAAGUUCUCCAACGCACAUAGGGUUUUUGGAGCCAGCAAUAUCAUCAAAUUACUGCAGGAGCUCCCGGAAAAUCAAAGGGAAGAUGCAGUGAACAGUAUGGUAUACGAAGCGAAUGCAAGAUUAAGGGAUCCCGUAUACGGAUGUGCGGGGGUCAUAAGCCAGCUCCAGAAACAAAUAAACAAAUUACAAGCCGAACUGGCAAAAGCGCAGGCAGAAGUAAUAAAGAUGCAAUUCCAAAAUUCCGAACUAUACGAGCUAAUAUAUAAUCAAAGGGUCGCCCAAUACAAGCAUGAAGAAGUCGUGCAAGAAGCGCCGAUGUUGUCCUAUUAUGACAACGAUGGUAAUGUCUCGUCGAACUUCUUUCUCUAUGAGGACUUUUUACGCGCGGAUUUUCCGUUGACUUAUUUAUCUUAGAAAAAGAAGACU